AAUGCUUCGGGGUUCGUCUGGCUUCUAUACGUAUGGAACAUACGAACACUUGAAUGGAUGGCCUGAUUUCCAACUCACCAACACCCGAGUCUCUCUUAAGCUAAACAGAGACAAGUUCAAGUACAUGGCUAUAGCUGAUGAUAGGCAAAGAUAUAUGCCCCUUCUUAUAGAUAGGUCACCAGAAAGGGGCCAAGCCUUGGCUUACCCUGAGGCCGUCAAACUUGUCAACCCUGUGGAACCAGAAUUUAAAGGAGAAGUGGACGACAAGUAUCAAUAUUCUAUAGAAAACAAAGACAAUCGGGUCCAUGGAUGGAUAUCCACCGACCCGCCCAUGGGAUUUUGGCAAAUUACUCCCAGUGACGAGUUCCGGUCCGGUGGGCCUGUCAAACAGUGUCUCACAUCUCAUGUGGGCCCCACCACACUUGCGAUAUUUCAUAGUACCCAUUACUCAGGAGCGGAUUUGAUUAUGGAAUUUAGUAAAAAUGAGUCAUGGAAGAAGGUGUAUGGUCCCGUUUUUAUUCAUCUUAAUACCUUAUCGAAACAAGGUGACCCACUUCAUCAACUCUGGCAGAACGCUAAAAAACAGAUGGAAGUUGAAGUUCAAAGCUGGCCAUAUAAUUUCCCACAAUCAAAAGAAUAUCCUAAAUCAGACCAACGUGGCAGCAUAAGUGGCAAAUUACUAGUCUUUGACAAUUAUGUGGGCAAAUACCCGAUAAGUGCAAGUGAUGCAUAUGUGGGUUUGGCUGCCCCAGGAGAUGUGGGAUCUUGGCAGAGAGAGGCUAAGGGAUAUCAAUUUUGGACCAAAACAGACAAGGAUGGCAAUUUUCGUAUCAAUAAUAUAAGAGUGGGCAACUACAGUAUUUAUGGAUGGGUCCCUGGUUUUAUUGGUGACUACCAAUAUGUUAAUGUUGUUACUAUUGAUGCAGGUGCCUAUAAGGAGAUGGGGGAACUUGUGUAUAAACCCCCAAGAAAUGGGCCAACAUUGUGGGAAAUUGGCACUCCUGACCGCUCUGCUGCAGAGUUCUUUGUUCCUGAUCCUAAUCCUGAAUAUGUGAACAAACUCUAUGUUAAUCACCCUCAAAAGUUUAGGCAAUAUGGACUUUGGGAAAGAUAUACCGAGUUAUAUCCAAAUAACGACUUGGUUUACACUGUUGGUUUCAAUGACUACCGUAAAGAUUGGUUUUUUGUUCAAGUCGCCAGGAGAACGAGUAAUAGCAGUACAUACACGGAUACUACAUGGCAAAUAAGAUUCGAUCUUGAGAAUAGGAUUGAGACCCAAACCUAUGCAUAUCGCAUAGCCCUCGCCACCGCACAUUUUUCCGAAUUACAAGUGAGAAUUAAUAAACCAGAUGAAAAGAUUCCUUUAUUUACGAGUGGAGUAAUAGGAAAAGACAACACGAUAGCAAGACAUGGAAUUCAUGGGCUUUAUUGGCAGUUCAACGUAGACAUACCAGGGUCACAGCUUCUGGAAGGAAAUAACACCAUUUUUCUUACGAGGACAAAUACGACCAGCCCUUUCCAGGGCAUCAUGUAUGACUAUAUUCGUCUAGAAGGCCCCGCUACUGCUUCAUUGGCACACUAAGCUAGGCUAGGCUAAAUUCUUUGCUCCAGCUCUCCAUAGUGUAUCGAUUACUGAUUAGCUGUUGAAACUACGUACUUAUAAAUUUCCAUAUAUGGUGAUAUUAAAUUAAAAAACUAGCAAUGCGUUGCCACGUUUAAGUGACGAAGCGGUGACACGUCAUUGCUUGAAUGGCAACAUCCCUGUCUCUCCUGUCACAU